CUCUCCAUCUCAGUCGCGGGCCGCUCCUGAAUAUGUGUCUGCCGUAUCGUUGCUGAAAGGCCGGGAGAAAUGCCGGUGUGAAGGAGGAUCAGACACUCCUAUCUUCCGCGUUAUCUCCUCUGAGCCCGGUCCCGCUGCUCUGGUGUACCGAGCGCCGGUGCUGGAGCGAGCGGCCUGUAAACACAAGAUGUCGACCAGAACGCCACUGCCCACCGUGAACGAGCGCGACGCCGAGAAUCAUACAUCUGUCGAUGGCUACACAGACACACCAGCACCACCCACAAAAUCAGCGAGUCGGCAGUCUCUCCCACGAUGUCGAAACUCGGUGGCGUCCAUUACAGACGAACAUCCUCACGUCGGCAACUACAGGCUGCUAAAAACCAUCGGCAAAGGCAACUUUGCCAAAGUCAAACUCGCCCGCCAUGUCUUAACUGGACGAGAGGUAGCAGUGAAGAUCAUUGAUAAAACACAACUGAACCCCACGAGUCUACAGAAGCUCUUUCGUGAAGUGAGGAUCAUGAAGGUCUUAAAUCAUCCUAAUAUAGUUAAGCUAUUUGAAGUCAUAGAAACAGAGAAGACACUUUAUUUAAUUAUGGAGUAUGCAAGUGGAGGUGAGGUGUUUGACUACUUAGUUGCACAUGGGAGAAUGAAGGAGAAAGAAGCAAGAGCCAAGUUUCGCCAGAUUGUGUCUGCAGUGCAAUAUUGCCAUCAGAAGAGAAUAGUCCACAGGGAUCUCAAGGCUGAGAACUUGCUGCUAGAUGCUGACAUGAAUAUAAAGAUAGCUGACUUUGGCUUCAGUAAUGAGUUCACAAUUGGCAGUAAGUUGGACACGUUCUGUGGCAGUCCUCCAUACGCCGCUCCCGAGCUCUUCCAGGGAAAGAAGUAUGAUGGGCCGGAGGUGGACGUCUGGAGUCUGGGGGUCAUACUCUACACACUCGUCAGUGGUUCACUUCCCUUUGAUGGACAGAACUUGAAGGAGCUGAGAGAGAGAGUUUUGCGAGGGAAGUACAGAAUUCCGUUCUACAUGUCCACAGACUGUGAAAACCUGCUGAAGAAACUGCUGGUGCUGAAUCCAGGCAAACGUGGCAGUCUAGAGCAAAUCAUGAAGGAUCGCUGGAUAAACGUGGCACAUGAGGAGGAGGAACUCAAACCCUACACAGAACCAGAACCGGACUUCAGUGACUCCAAACGUAUCGAGUUGAUGAUCACUAUGGGUUUCCCUAAAGAUGAGAUCACCGAAGCAUUGGUGGCACAGAAGUAUGAUGAGGUCAUGGCCACAUAUCUGCUGCUGGGCAGGAAACCCGCAGAGUUUGAAGGGAGCGAAUCGUUGUCCAGCACAAACCUGUGUCAGAGGUCGCGACCUACCAGUGACUUGAACAACAGUUCCACACAGUCACCCGCACACUCCAAAGUCCAGCGAAGUAUCUCAGCCACGCAGAAACAACGACGAUUCAGCGAUCACGUUGCCCCAUUGAUUGCUCCUGCCGUGUCUUACACUAAACGCUCUCAGGCCAACAGUGUGGAGGAAGAGAAGAAGGAAGAGAGUGAUGCAUCCCAUAAGCAGCCCUCCUCCAGCUCUAAAGGGGACAUGGCCACCUCGCCACUCGUCGCACAGGAACGCAGGAAGUCCUCCACAGCUUCAGGGAAUAGUUCUGCUGGUGGCAUGACGAGAAGAAAUACAUACGUGUGUGAGCGCUCCAGUGCAGACCGAUACUCAGCCAUACCCAACGGCAAAGACAGCAGUUUGACAGAGGUGUCGACAUCUGCGAGCGGUACUUCCUCUGUGUCUCCAGGAGCAGCGUCUGUGCUGGCGUCCACUCGAUCACGUCAUGUUAAAUCCAUGUCCACCUCGGGACACCCCACGAAAUCUCCACUACCGCCCAUCGAGGACAACACUGAAUACAAGGGCUCUAGCUCCAGGGCUCCGUCCACAUCUCCGUCAGCUCACAGUAUCAGCAGUAUGACUCCAGAUCGAACACGAUUUCCUCGCGGAACCUCCAGCCGCAGCACCUUUCAUGGGGCACAGCUCAGAGACCGCCGCAGCGCCACCUAUAACGGUCCACCCGCCUCGCCUACUCUCUCCCAUGACACGGGCACUCUCGCUCAGGCACAUAGAGGCACCUCGUCUGGAUUUAUCAGCAAGCUCACUUCCAAGUUUGUGCGGAGGUUACCCAGUGAAGGAGAGGCCCAUGGUCGGGCGUACAGCUUGAGGAGUGGAUCUGGUGAACCGAGGGAAGAGGGUCGUGACUCCAAGCCGAGAUCACUGCGUUUCACGUGGAGUAUGAAAACCACCUCGUCAAUGGAGCCCGGCGACAUGAUGAGAGAAAUCCGCAAGGUGCUGGACGCCAACAACUGCGACUACGAGCAGCGCGAGCGAUUCCUGCUGUUUUGCGUACAUGGCGACGCACGUCAAGACAGCCUCGUCCAAUGGGAGAUGGAGGUGUGCAAACUGCCCCGCCUCUCACUCAACGGUGUGCGCUUCAAACGCAUCUCGGGGACGUCCAUCGCAUUCAAAAACAUUGCUUCGAAAAUUGCCAAUGAGCUCAAACUAUAAGCAAAAGAAUCGAAA